CAUCCGGGUCCCUAAGCCGGAUUCCUCCUUUUGUUUACUUGGUGGGGAGGAGGCGGAGUCCGCGUUGGCUUGACUGAAGGUCAGCUGAGCGUGAGCGGAGCUUGCUUCUGUCUUCGGGCCGGUUACCUCACGAGAGCUCUUUUAAGCAGGUUUUCAAAGCAGUAAAAUAUGUCUGGCUUCCUUGAAAACAUGAGGUGCUCAGAAUGUAUUGACUGGGGAGAAAAGCGAAAUACCAUCGCUUCCAUUGGUGCAGGAGUGCUGUUUUUUACAGGCUGGUGGAUUAUCAUAGAUGCAGCUGUUAAAUAUCAAGAUCCGAAGCAGUUCAACCAUUCAUACCAUGCUUGUGGAGUUAUAGCUACAGUUGCAUUCCUAAUGAUCAAUGCAGUAUCCAACGGGCAAGUGCGUGGGGAUAGUUACAGUGAAGGUUGCCUUGGGCAAACAGGUGCUCGCAUCUGGCUGUUCAUCGGUUUUAUGUUGGCAUUUGGAUCUCUGAUUGCAUCUAUGUGGAUCCUCUUUGGAGGCUAUGUUAUUAAUGAUAAAACAGAAAAACCAUCAAUAUACCCAGGAAUAGCAGUCUUCUUCCAGAAUGCUUUUAUCUUUUUUGGUAGCAAGAAGGUUCAAAGUCCUGGCUGACUCUGCUGUUUGGACUGUGCUUCUACUGGACCACUCUCCCGUGUUUCAACCUUAGCUGCGCCUCAGACCGCUCUUUUGGCCGUUCCAGCCUUAGCCUGAUCCUCUGCUGGACUGAAACUUUGCACUUGACCAUCUGCCUGCAUAUCAGACUCACCUGCUGGAUUCCUCCCCUGGCCUGCCUGAUGUAGAGCCUGAUUCUACCAGUCACUGGUGAGCCCACUGCUAUCCAGGUGCAUCAAGGCUCUGCUCUGCUUUCCUUUUCUAUAGUUCGUGUUAUGUGUUAAGCAGACUUGGAGAGGCUUGCCUUUCAAAUAGGAGAUGCCUUCAGGUAGCCCUUCUGGCUCUCUGUAAACGAGGGUGCAUGGCCACCCUCCUCCAAGAUGCUCUGUGCAAGUCUUCCCAUUGUCCACAGUCAGAAAUGGAAUGGUUUGAAACCGGGACCACUUACCUGUAAAAAGGCAGAGCCAAGUACAGAAACCACACCAGCCACCAAUCCCAAAAGCAAUGCAAUCCAAGGCUGCUGGAUGGUGGAAGCUGAAAAACCAACAGCCACCCCGCCUGCCAGGGUUGCCUUCUGGAUGUGGGCCUAUGGGAUGAACAACAGAAGAAAUCAAGACAUGAGAAAUGCCAAGCAACAGCGUUUUAUUGGUGUAAGGCACUCGUAGUUUUGUGCACAUGCAUGCACACACGGUCUCCUCCCUCGUGUGUAUGUGUGUGAGAGAGCGAGCGAGCGAGCGCACAUGCCAUUUUGGACUCCAUGUAAAACACAUUUUUUAGUAAUUUCAGAAUUGCAGAGGGAGCCAAUGUGAUCUUUAAGGGGCAGAGGUAAGCCUCCAGGCUGCGGGAACCUACUCUGUCUCGCCUAUUUGCCUUUCGCUUAACCUGCAUAUUUGACCCCAAUCCAUCAUGUUUCUUAUGCAGAGGCCAGUAAACACAUUACCCAAAGUACUGUGUAUUUGCAGUUGAACACAGAGUGGGAUUGCACUUGAUUAAAUAUGUUUGUUUCUGUAAAACUCUCUGUAUUUUAUUAUUUAAUGCUAUUUAUGAAUUGUUUGCAUUAAAGGCAUUUCUAAGCUCUGUCCUCUUUAA